AUGACAGCUUCAGUACCACCCAUAGAGAACGAAUCCGAAGAAAAUGAACGUGAACGAGAGAAAAAGUGGAAUCGGAAAUCCCUUGAUGAGCACAAAACGAAGCGGAGAGAGACGUCUACGUCAUUUUCUAGUUUCCUCCAUCGUUUCACUAGAUCAGAGGAUAAAAAGGAGGACAAACAAAAAAUUUCGAUAUGCGAAGAAGAAACACUUCAUCGACCAGAUAAGCUGCCGCUACCUGAUAUCGAGGAAAACUGGUACGAAAUGAAACACAUGGGAAUGGACGGUUUUCGCACUGCUCUGGAAAUAGAGGAGUCACUUCUAACGGAGUUUGUACCUGCUCGUAAGGAAUUGAUACGUGUUGAACACUCUGAUCCUGAUCUGGACGACUUGGAACGCUCAAUGCUGAAGCUUCUUGAGGAAUUCCGGAGUGGCCAAAUGCGAUCAUUGACUGACGAGCAAAUGGAGAGCAUGCGAAAAAUGAAAAAAGAGCAUGAAGAUGUUACGAAUCUUCACCUAGCGCUUUACAAUCUCGACAAAACUGGAUCCAAGCUCUUCACCGACAUGCCUAACAUCGAGGGACUACUAAAGAUCAUUAAUGAGAUUCCUGAAGGCGAUGAAGGCGCUCCUGAAAAGGUCGCUGAAAUUGCACGGAAAUAUAAGGACGUCUUUGAGAAGAAGCCUGGAGAAGUAGAGCACUUCCUUACAAAUUGCAAUCCGAGGAUAGGAUCGGCAGCAAUGAUGGUAGCCAUCAAGGCCCUUUAUGAUAGUUCCAUCGCAAAGAAUAAUGAGCAAGUUUUUCCGCUUGCCAGGAAUGCCGUUAACUAUUGUCUAAGGAAAAAGAAUGAAGCUGCCCCGAGCACUAUUCUUGAUUACGACGCGCAGUUCGAAAUAAUGAAACACUGUUCAAACGUAUUCGCGAAAUUGCUAGCUGAAGUUUCUAUAAGUGAAGGUGUUGUUCGGCUUGAGGUCGUUCCAGAGAAAAUAAACAACCAUGAUGUUGUUUCCAAAUUAGAAAGGUUAAACGUAUUACGGCAGGAGAUGGAGAGAAUGGAUGCGGUUGCUCAACUUCACCCUGCUCUUCUGCAAAGAUGCAUGAAAACUACCGCAUUGUUGCCUUAUUGUUUCCCAACGAACGAGGAUGAGGGUCUUGGAAUGAGUAGCAGUCCUUUGGAAUACUAUGACAUCUCUGAAACUGGAUGCUUGAACACACGACUUAAAUCCCUACCUAGUCCGACAGUGGAGAUCUUUGUUCAAACUGCUACGUUAGUUAAGAUCGCUGCUGGCGGAUUUUUGGUAGGGUCGACGGCACUGUAUUUGGCACAGAAGUCUGUGCAACGCAAAGUGCGAAAUUUCCUACACUACAUCAAAGUUUGGAAAUCGUCGCUCAACAUGACCGUGCAAAACUCUAAAGAUGCAUUAGGCCCACCGAUCAAGGUUGGAUCAGUAGACUUAGCAGAUCGUCGGCAUAAUUUCGUAGGAAAAACCACAAGCAUGUUGCGGAUUCCAGUGACAGGAACAAUAUCUGGCGGUUACAUGGACGUCAUGGCUGUGCGAGAUGAUGAAAGCAAACCUUUUGUCACGGCAAAAAUAAGGUUGAUAUUGGACGACGCGGCAAUCUCAAUUUACGAUACUGGUACCUGGAAGGAUAGCGGAGUUGAAAAAGCAUCCGAUUCAUAA